AUGGAAGACCUAAUAAAAGGCAGUGGUUUGGAGAAAAACAGUACAAAACAAGACCCUGAAGGUUUCCAAGUUCAUGUCAAUUUACCCACAGGAGAAAUCGCAAAUUUUCAAGCAAAACGGUCGUCGAUCGUGCGUGAUGUGAAAAUGACUGUUGAAGUGAAUAGUGGAGUGCCGUCUGAUUUAUUUACACUUGUAUACAUCCAAGGAGAAAACAAUACUAUUGAACUCAAGGACGAGCAAAUGAUGGCGGACAUUGACACAGAUGUUGAAGACUCGAUGACGUUUGAACUGAGUAUUCCUCCAUGGUGGCAGAGGUUCGUGGAUAGGUGUAUGAAAAGAGACAAUCGUCAAAUACUCAAACGGAUCGCUAUUAAAAUGAAUCAAAUUUCCAUGGAAGAAAGAGCGUUUGUUGCCGCCUUCAUAGCAGCACAGAAAGGCGACAGCCAGUUAUUUCAGAGCUUGCUGAAUGGGGAAGUGAAAGUUGACAUCGAGCAAGCAGUCGAGUGCAGCGGCCGUACGCUUUUACACGCUGCUAUGAUAGGCGGGAAUUUUUCGUGCGCGGCGGCGAUAUUCAUGAAUGGCGGCUCUUCGCUCCUCUCGAGGGUCGAUCGAAGCGGUGUCACACCAGUGGAUAUUGUAACAAGUAGCAACCAACCGGAACUGGUGGACCAACUUGCCAAAUACGUAGAAAUAAAAGUUCGGGAAUCCACGGAAAAUGACGAUGCGGAGGACAGAUCUCCCGAGUGCCCAAAUAUCAAUCAGGAGGACGGGGAGACAGAGGAGGUCGAAAUGAUAGUCACCACAAAAUCUACAGACGACGACGAGUUUUUACCAAAUGAAACGGCGGAAAAUUUAACAUUUAACGACACUAGCAAACAGACAAGACCAGACCAAACGGCAAGUGAAGUUGGGCAAUCAAGAGAAGACAAGAAAGACUUGAAUGAGAGAUUAUUAACGCGCGUUUCGUCCGAAAAGGUGAAAAGUUCUCGUUCUCAGCUGAAGCUACAUAUGCCAUUGAGAGCUAGCAAAUCUCUUCACACCACAGACAGGCCUCUUUCUGCAAGGUCCAAACUCAUAACCGUGGAAGAAAUAAGACCACUUAGCGGUAAAGCUGCUGCAGAAACCAAACAGUCCGAUGAAAGGCUCCCAAGGGUCAACACACCAACUUCAUCUCCAAUGAGUUCUCCGCGCAUGGGCCGGAAACUUGUUCCAUCCCUGCUUAACCCAGAUAGACCCGGAAGUCCCCUUCUCCGACCCCGGUCUCCGACGCAUCCGGCUUGCCCCAAGUCCCCGACUCCACGCCCUAAGUCCCCCUUAGUGCUACGACCGGGCUCGCCAAGUGGAUCACCGGUAUUCAGAAGACGAGUGCUUCGUUAUCCCAAUACAUCUGAACCUCAGAGAGCGAGAACAACGUCCUUCCAACAGGGUGGAGAUAUUGAGCCUCAAAAGCCAAGAGCGAAUACAUUUCAUGGAAGAGGGAAUGGAGAGACUAGGUAAGUACAAAAUCACCAUCGUGCGUCGAUUAACGAAAGACUAUACUAAGAGUAUGUGUCUGGUAUAAAAGCCAGCAACUCAAGACAACCCCUUCUCCUGUGGUUCGGGUGUAUUUCGGGUAUAAUUUUGCUAACUUUGUAGCGGUCAUUUUAGCGAAGCUUAGAUGUUGUGUUAAGAAAAAGCGCGCCAUAGGCUAUCGUAUUUGUAGGGUCAACUAACCCAUCAUCAUAUCUAAAGGUUGUAAUAGGGAACUUAAGCAACUACAGCAGUGAAAUCGUCACUAAAAAAGAAAAUGAAGAAUCAUUUUGUUUGUUGACGAUUAUAUUAUAAUUAUUUGUAGGACCAGGAAAAUGAGCGCCGAAAUGAAGAAUUUCUUGAUGUCACACUACCCAGCAACUCGUGAAAACAAACCAUGGAAUGCAUGGAAGACGGUCAGGAAAACCCAGAUGGAUCUGAUCGAUGUGUCGGACGACGAUGACGACUCGUCAUCCGAAGAUGAGGGAGAAAAAUUGUCGACCUACUUACAGUCGACGAGGUCACGACGUCGGAAAACAUUUGACAUGUGGUUGACUGACAAAGAAGCGCAACAAGUUAGACAACAAACUGAAUUGGCGGAAAGAGCGAAGCAGGAGGAAUUAGUCAGGAGAAAGCAGGCUUGCUGGCGUCAGUUAACUGGAAAAACGCACGGACAAUGGCUCGAAGAGAAAACCGGCGAGAUUAAAGCUGAAGAAGCUGCAAAGGUUAGAGCAGCCGAGCAAAGCGAGGCGCAAAGAGCUAUAAAGAGAUAUCAAGAAUGGGUGCGGCGCAAGGAUGAGGAGGCCAUAGCUCGCGAAGAACGAUGGAGAAGAGAAGCGAUUGAAAAAUUAACAGAAGUAAAGAUG